AUGUGCAACUACACUCAAAGAGAAUUUCACUGCGGCCACGUCCGCUGGAUCGUCUCGCGGUGGUGCCCAGUCUACACUCGCACACAACGACGCUGCCCACCGUGCGUGACACAUUUCGAGUAUAGGGGCGAUGAAGUUUGUGGUAUGUCCUCUCUCCACGGCAACGCCGUCCUCUAUCCUUCCUUUGCUCUUGGAGAGUCGAUCAUCGCCCAUUCAUCCACGCCGGGCAGGGGCGAAUGCAAGCCUUCAGCACCGAUCGUGUGGGAGAGCAUGAUCAGACGCAAUAACACGCCAGUCGGAUUAUAA